AUGUCAAAAAGAAAAUCUGAAUUGCUCAACGAAAGUGGGGAAACGAAGAAGCGACAUUUUGGUAGUACAGAUUACUUUACAAAAAGGUAUCAGACAAAUAUACCAGAUUCAUUAAUAGCUCGAAUAAAUGAUGGCACAACUUCAACACGGAACCUCUCAGUUAAUUCGUUUCCCGAGGCUUCAACGCAGUUAUUAAUAAACACCAGUUCUGAUCUAGUAAGUUUUAUCAUUUUAUUGUUAUUUGCCUAGAUACACAACGAAAACUUGUAAUUUUUAUCUUAACGUUUAGGCUAUUGACAAAAAGGAGAUUUCCCUGAUUCCAAACAUAGAAUUUGUGCAUAAGCGUUUGCUAGCUGACAACAAACUGAAUAACGAAGACCAGAAGUUGUUUGGUAUUUUUGGAAGAUAUUUGGAUGUUUGUUACGCUCGACCUCAAGGAAAAUAUACUGUAAGUUGUAUUUUGGUUACUAAUCUUGCGUUUUUAGGAUGCCUACUGUUACCACAUACUCAAUCACUUGUUGAGGUCCAAGAAUCAGAUAAUAUUAAACCAGCAGCGGAUAGAAGCAGCAAAAGUAAGUUGCAUAUGUCUAUUUAUUUUAUUUUGAUAAUUUAUUUUUUACGUUAUAUCUUUAUAGCAGAUAAAGGAAGACAUGGAUUAACUUAUGAAUUUCAGAAUCAGUUGACUGACGAUCUGAUUGAAGAAUGUCGAGACCAAGGGCUUACCCGACCAAAAGUACUGAUUCUGGCUCCAUUCAAAAAGCAUGCUUAUGACAUUGUUAAGACUAUGACUAGGAUAUUACUGAAGGAUGACAAAAAUCAUAUUUUAAAUUUGGCCAAAUUUGAAGAUGAAUAUGGUCCGACAGAAACUGGAAUGCACGAUAAAUGGAGGGCUCCAGAAGACUUUAAAGUAGGCCUAUUUUUUAGAUUCUAUUUAAUAGCUCAUAUUGAGUAUGUUUCAUCACUUGAUUUUUAUUUGUAUGGAAUUAAAAAGUAUGAUUAGGUAUAGUAAUGUAAAAUUUUAGGAGUUGCUUUCUGGCAAUAUCGACGACUCCUUCAGAAUCGGGUUAUCUUUGGGAAAGAAAGCGAUAAAACUGUAUACAGCUUUUGACAAUUCUGAUAUUAUCCUGUGCUCUCCUCUAGGCUUACGAAUGAUUGUGGGAGAUGAAGAAGAAGACAAAGAGAAACGAGAAAUUGAUUUUUUGUCAUCAAUUGAAUUGGUAGUUCUUGAAAGAGUAAGCUGUUACAAGGUCCAGUUAUUUUUCGUAGUAUUUUCUAACAAGGAAAGUACCCAACCUGCAACUCUCAGAAUUAGCUCAAAAUUUUUACACGAAUUCCUUGUAGCACCAGUAGCACAUAUAAAAAGUCUUAGCUUGCGGUUUUAAGUUUUAAAAUUAAUAUAUUUAAACUUCCCGCCAAUUUGGCAAAUUUGGCAUUGUGUCGCAAGCACUUUUUUUGAUGUUCCAGAUAAGAUAGGCUUACAAAUUUAAAAUUGUAGGUUUAUUUGAAGCUUUUCUAUCAUUAUAUUAAAGAAAAUUUGUCAAAAGUCAAAAAAUGAAGAAGUUAAAAGCUUGAAAAACUAUGCCAAUUUGGCGGAAAAUUCAAAACGGAACUUUUUGAUCUCGAUUUUCUCAAGACUGACCGCAAACCGCAACUUAGAAUUUUGUAUAAGGUCUUACAUUUACAUGAUCUUUCAAUAGAAAAAAUUUGAACCAAAUCUGAGCGUUGCAGGUCGGGUACCUUCCUUGUAAAUACUUUUGUUAUAAAAUUUAAUUUAUUUUCGUAUAACUAAUUUAAGGCCGAUGUGAUGUACAUGCAAAAUUGGGAACACUUGUUAACAGUUAUGGGUGCGUUAAAUCAGAUGCCCAAAGAAAUACAAACUGACAUUUCAAGAGUCCGCCAUUGGGUUUUGAAGGGACAUGGGCGUUACUACAGACAGUUGAUGGCAUUUUCGGCCAUAAACUUUGCUGAAUUACAUGCCUUGUUUGUUGGAAAGUGUAACUUCUUUGGUCAGGCUAAUAUUAUCCAGAAGGCAUCUACAUUAAUUGAUAACGUAAGUGAAUCAACAUUUUGUAUAUCUCAAUAUGGAAAACAUACUACUGUAUGUAUUUUUUAGAUUCAAGUACCGUUAUUGCAAGAGUUACACCGAUUUGACUGUGAUGAUCAGUCUCAACAGUCAGACUUCAGAUUUGCAUAUUUUGUCAGGAAUAUUCUACCUAAACUGAAGCAAGGGACGUUGGUAUUUAUCCCGUCUUACUUCGACUAUGUUCGAGUCAGAAAUUACCUGAAGAAGGAUGAAGAAAGCUUCGCCCAGAUUCACGAAUACGCUUCCGACGGUAAAAUACGAAAGAGUCGAAAGGCAUUUGCUAAUGGAGAAAAGAAAAUCAUGUUAAUAACAGAAAGGUACGUUAUCUUAUCUAAUUACUACAAAGUAUUAUAUUAUCUAAACCAUUUUAAAUCUAUUAAACAAUAUUACAUUCCUUUUUAGAUGCCAAUUUUUCCGGCAUUUCUUUGUCAAGGGAGUGAAGGCGGUUAUCUUCUAUCAACUCCCUAUCGUUCCUCGCUUAUAUUACGAUACGAUAAAUAUGACCAAAGGGGACGGCACACUGUCCACCUCACUCAUAUUUAGCAAAUCAGACGUUUUAAGGCUACAAAAUGUAUUUGGAAUGCAACAAGCCAAAGAACUUAUAUUAUCACAAAAGAAGUUUCACGCACUUGUAAGCGAAUAA